AUUUAACUCCACACACCGCACCUACUAUAUUUCAAUAAAUCUCCUCUCCUUAAUCUCCAAUCGACCACGCCUUCGCACACACAGGCGGCGUUCGCUGAAUCCAGGAGGAGAAAACGCAAUCGGCGUGCGCGCGGUUUUGAUUUUCUGUGAAUAGAAUUUGUGUGAAGAAUUUUGGUUGAUAAUGGCGGCGGUUAAGGAGAACGGUUUCCACUCGAACGGUUUCUGCGUGCAGAGCAAGGAUCCGUUGAAUUGGGGACAGGCGGCGGAGUCGCUCAAGGGGAGUCAUCUCGAGCAGGUGAAGCGUAUGGUGGAGGAGUUUCGUAAGCCGGCGGUGAAGCUCGGCGGAGAAACGCUCACUAUAUCUCAGGUCGCCGCGAUCGCUGCUAGAGAUAACGCCGUCGCCGUUGAACUCGCGGAGUCGGCGCGCGCCGGCGUCAAGGCGAGCAGCGAUUGGGUGAUGGAGAGCAUGAAUAAAGGAACCGACAGCUAUGGCGUCACUACCGGCUUCGGCGCCACCUCACACCGCCGGACCAAACAAGGCGGCGCUCUGCAGAAGGAGCUCAUUAGGUUUUUGAACGCCGGAAUCUUUGGGCACGGAACAGAUCCGUGCCACACGCUGCCGCACUCCGCCACCAGGGCGGCGAUGCUCGUACGGAUCAACACCCUCCUCCAGGGGUACUCCGGCAUCCGGUUCGAGAUCCUCGAAGCCAUUACCAGCUUCCUCAACCACAACGUCACCCCAUGCUUGCCCCUCCGCGGCACCAUCACCGCCUCCGGCGACCUCGUGCCGUUGUCGUACAUCGCCGGCCUAUUGACCGGCCGUCCCAAUUCCAGGGCGGUUGGUCCCGACGGCAGCCUCCUCGACGCCGAGGAAGCCUUCAAACUCGCCGGCGUAACCAGUGGAUUCUUCGAGCUCCAGCCAAAGGAAGGCCUCGCCCUUGUCAACGGCACCGCUGUCGGCUCCGGAUUGGCGUCCAUCGCGCUCUACGAUGCCAACAUUCUCGCCGUCCUCUCGGAAGUUAUGUCGGCGAUCUUUGCCGAGGUCAUGAACGGGAAGCCCGAGUUCACCGAUCACUUGACGCAUAAGCUCAAGCACCACCCGGGCCAGAUCGAGGCCGCCGCGAUCAUGGAGCACAUACUCGACGGCAGCGCCUAUGUCAAGGCGGCACAGAAAUUGCACGAGACUGACCCUUUGCAGAAGCCGAAACAGGACCGAUAUGCCCUGCGGACUUCGCCGCAAUGGCUAGGUCCUCAGAUCGAAGUCAUCCGGACGGCGACGAAAAUGAUCGAGCGGGAGAUCAACUCCGUCAACGACAACCCGUUGAUCGACGUCUCCCGGAACAAAGCCUUGCACGGCGGCAACUUCCAAGGGACGCCGAUCGGCGUGUCGAUGGACAAUGCUCGAUUGGCCAUCGCCUCCAUCGGGAAGCUUAUGUUCGCCCAAUUUUCCGAACUCGUGAACGACUUCUACAACAACGGCCUGCCGUCGAACCUCUCCGGCGGCCGCAACCCGAGCCUUGACUACGGCUUCAAGGGUGCCGAGAUCGCCAUGGCCGCCUACUGCUCGGAGCUCCAAUUCUUGGCGAAUCCCGUCACCAACCACGUUCAAAGUGCUGAGCAACACAACCAAGACGUGAACUCGCUAGGCCUAAUCUCGUCGCGGAAGACCGUCGAGGCGUUGGACAUUCUGAAGCUCAUGUCCGCAACGUUCCUUGUCGCACUCUGCCAGGCGAUUGAUCUCCGGCACAUUGAGGAGAACCUCCGGCAAGCCGUGAAGAACGCCGUCGGCGUCGUCGCGAAGCGGACGCUGACCACCGGCGCCAACGGUGAGCUCCACCCGUCGCGGUUCUGCGAGAAGGACCUCCUCUCGGUGGUCGACCGGGAAUACGUAUUCGCCUACGCCGACGACCCAUGCAGCGCCGCGUACCCGCUCAUGCAGAAGCUCCGGCAGGUCCUCGUCGACCACGCCCUGAAGAACGGCGACGGCGAGAAGAACCACGGCACGUCGAUCUUCCAGAAGAUCGAAACGUUUGAGGACGAGCUGAAGGCGAUUCUUCCGAAGGAAAUUGAGAAUGCUCGGGCGGCGGUGGAAGCCGGAGCUCCGGCCAUCGGAAAUAAGAUCAAGGAAUGCAGGUCAUAUCCUCUGUAUAGGUUCAUAAGGGAGGAGCUGGCGGCGGAGUUUCUGACGGGGGAGAAGGCGGCGUCGCCGGGGGAGGAGUGCGAGAAGGUGUUCGCCGCCUUGAGCGGCGGCGGAAUUGUGGAUCCGUUGAUGGAGUGCCUCAGGGGAUGGGACGGAGCGCCGCUGCCAAUCUGUUAGUUCGUUAUUUGGGGGAUUUGGGGUUUUUUUUUUUUUUUUUGGUAAAAUUUUUAAUUUUAUUUAUGGUUUUUUUUUUUUUUUUUGUAUUGUGGUGUAGGAAAAUUGUGACUGUGUGUGUGUGGUGGGGGAUUUGUUGUUGUUAUAAUAAAUGGUGUAUAAAUAAAAAUUACUAUUGUUAUUGACUUGUUGGUGGUGGUGUUGUUGCGUCACUUUUGUUGCUAUUUAUUGUGAAUUUAUUUGUCGUUUUCUGUUGUGGAAAAUUUUGUUUGUAAUUGUGUUGAUGAUGCUAUAGUUUUGCGGCAAGUGACAGUUCUUAGAUGUAUUUGGGUCUACUGAUGUCGCAGGCUUUUUAAUGUUGUUA